CUAAUGAAGCGAACAGCCAACGAAGAAAGAGAGAAACGAAGGAAAUAACUCAGCAGCCUUCAAUAUUCUUCACUACCAUUUCUUCUUCUUCAAGAAAAAUUGACCUGAAAAUGUUAUAAUUAGAGUUUAGGGAUCAAGAGAUCGAAUAGUUAGUUAAUUAGUGCUGUUAAUCCAGUUUUAAUGAAAUGAUCCUCCCCUUCGUUAAGCUUGGUACUCUUCUUUUGAAAACCGCUUGUAAACCUAUUGCUACCAGAUUAAAAGUAGAAGCAGGGAAACACCCCAGUUUUCGGCAACUCAUCAUCAAUUUCGCCCAGACAAAUCACAGAUUUACGACAACCGUGCAAAGACGGAUUUAUGGUCAUGCAACUGAUGUGGCGAUCCGACCUUUGAAUGAAGAGAAAGCUGUUCAAGCUGCUGCGGACCUUCUUGGAGAAAUGUUCGUCUUCUCGGUUGCUGGUGCUGCUAUUAUCUUUGAGGUGCAAAGAAGUGCUAGAUCUGAAGCCAGAAAGGAGGAGUUACGCAAGCAGGAGCUUGAGGAAAUAAAGCAAAAAGAAGAAAAUUUAGAAAGAGAACUGGAGUUCAUUAAAGGGAAACUGGCAGAACUGGAGCACCUAGCCAAGGCCCGAGGACUCUCUGGUAUUUUCAACUUCAGGAAUCCUAAUGGAAAUGAAAAUGCCAAAUCAGGGUCAGAAGUUCCUCUGAAGACUGAUGGCCAGUCAGCAACCCAUGCUCGUACAACUGAAGAUCCCAAGUCCGCAGCACCUGCUCGUACAACUGAAGAUCCCAAGUCCGCAGCACCUGCUCAUUCUACUAAAGAUACCAAGCAAGGUGCUUCACCUGGUCAUUGAGAUACCCUUUCUAGAGAUUUGUCAAGGAUUCAGUGACUCAUUGCAAAUACUUCCCUUUUAUACUGUUAAUCAUUGAUUUAACCAUUUCUUAUCCGCAUAGAUUUUCUCCGCAUACGGAAAGGUUUUGAUUCUGUAGCCUAACAGAAUUUAUCAGGGGUAAUCAGAUAAAAGUUACAUUAAGUAGUCCAUUUGUGACUUAAGGCUUUAUCCAAAUAACGGUAAAUAAUAGAUUGAAGUCUUUUUCACAA